AUGGAAAUCACAAGAUUCAAUAUCCACACAGCUAGCUCUCUAAUAAAAAAAGCCAUAAACAACGCAGAUUUUUUAGCAAUGGAUAUGGAAUUUGGUGGCAUAAAUACUCGAUCUUAUUUAUUAAAUACAAGUUUAGACAGCACAGAACACAGAUAUUUAAAACUAAGAGAAAAUGCAAAAGAGUUUUGCCCACUGCAGCUUGGAUUGACUGCAUUUAAUAUAUCAGGCGCUUCAGCUGAAUCAUCAACGUUUUCAUUUUAUAUAUCACCGCUGGAAUUUUCAAGAAAUAGGCAUGGGUUUUCGAUUAAUCCGGGAUCAAUAAAUUAUUUAGCUGACUAUAAUUUUGAUUUUAAUAAGGCAUUUAAAGAAGGAUUGUGGAUUCAUAAGGACUCGAAUUUUUCAAAAAAAAAUCUGACGAGGAAAGGGAAAAGGAUUUUGGAUAAAUACAAAAAUUUUUUAUUGGAGGGGAUUGAAAAUGGUGUUGAUAUACCUGUGGAAUUUAUAGAUUUAGAAGAGCUUGAAUUUAUAAUAAAAUCUAUUGAAAAAGAUUUUGGGGUUGUAGGAACUUUGUGCGUUAAAGAUAGAAUUCCUUAUGCUGUUUAAAUAAAAUGGUGAUGCUGAAGCAAAUUGGACUCUAUGGGGUACUCCCUAUUGAACAGGUAGAACCCAUUCUGAUGAAGCUCAAAUAGAGCCUCUGACCCUUUGAGAAAUAGGCAUUGAGGCUUGGGGAAAAUUUGCCGAAGAGGGAAAUUUUGCUUUCUCCCAGAAGGUUUUCCUGCCUUUCACCUAUCACAUUGCAUUCUCUCAUUGGGACUAUCGGGCACUCUACAGACGUGGCUCUGCCUAAGGGAACUGCAGCGGCUCAGGUCUGAAAUUCAAAAGGGCGGCUUUUAAGCCCAGGUGGGCAGUGGCUUGUGGUAUUAUCCGCUUAUGGCCAGCAUAAGUUUAACUUAAUUUGUGCUGUUAAAUUUAAGAAAGGGCAAGCUGAAAACGACGACUGCGGAAAACUAUUUUUAGAUAUUGUGAACUCAAUGGCAGGAAAACCGUUAAUUGGGCAUAAUAUGAUAACAGAUUUACUCCAAUUUCAUGAUAAAUUAAUAGCUCCUUUACCUAUGUCUGUUAAAAACUUCGCCUUAAAAUUGAAUUCAAAAUUCCCAACUAUAAUCGACACAAAGUAUAUAAUCCAGUCCUCAUCUUUGCUAAAGCACUAUGUAUUAUUUAUAUAGUUUAAUAUCACAAAAAAGCAAGGAGCAAACCUAUCAGAGUGCUAUAAAGCAAUAGAAAAAGACUCAGAAUUUUCUAAUUUAAAAGUUACUCAGCCAUUUAACAAUGAAGAAACUAAUUUUCAUAAUGCUGGCUUUGAUUCUUAUAUUACAGGAGCUCUUUUUAUUAGAAUUCUCCAAAUAUUAAAAAUUACAUUUACGAAAAAUUUGUCUGAUUUGGAAAAUAUUGUAAAUAAAAUCCCUAUGUCAGGAUCAGGGAGACUGCCAUUGAAUUUGUCUAAGCCUACACAAUUUGAAUCAUUUGAAAAUAUUUAUGUGUUAAAAAAUCCUGAAAAUAUUCCUAUAGAAAAAAUAAAAGAAGUUUUAAGUGGAAAUUUUGAAUCUAUAGCGAUUUAUAAAAUUUUUUGGACUGAAGAGUUCGUUUAUGUGGUGCCAUCUUCUUUAAAUGCAUUAAAUAGAAUGAAAAAAAUAAUUUCAAAAACUACUAAUUUAGAUAUUUUUGGGACAAAGAUAGAAAUAAGCCCAUAUGAGGAUUUUGUUGAAUUGGAUAAAUCACAUUGGCUGACUGAAUAG